UCCAAAUUGUUUGUUUCAAUGAGUUCUACAACUCCAGAUAGACAAGCUCUUCAAGGACUCCCCAGUGAACGAGAAGUGGCAUUUAUCGCGUUGAGAUUUCUUUCACAGUUUGAUUGCAACGGAAGCGUCCAACGCUUGGCUGAAGACUUGGGUAACAAGAACUUACUUCCAGUAGAAUAUGACUGGGAAGGAAACUUGAGAACCAUCUCGUUCGAUGAAUUGUCAAACCUGUAUUCUCACAUUGACAACAGUUUUCUCAUGAACGCUUUAGGAUAUGCACUUCCUAGAGGACAUAAUGCUAUAACCACCUUUUUGCAGGUACCACAAGGAAACCGCGCCAACGGUAAAAUUAGGUCACAAUCGUGUAUACAUUUGUUGCUAAGAAGAGCUACACAAAGAGUACUUAUGAGCAUUGAUGAGUGGCCAACCUCAUUUCUGUACAAAAAUAUCAAGAGACUCAAAACAGUGGUUGGCCAUGUGAAGCCUGUCUAUUGCAUUGCUUUUGACUCGUUUGCCAAAUACUUGGUAACUGGAGCUGACGACCACUGCAUCAAAGUGUGGUCAGUUGAAACUGGUUAUUUAUUAUACACGCUCAAGUUUCAUGAGGGAGAAAUUACGGAUCUCGCUUUGCAUCCUUGGAAGCCCAUAUUGGUAUCUGCCAGCAAUGAUAGCAGCUUAUGUGUUUGGGAUCUUCAUUCCGGCGUGCUAUUAAAUGUUUUAAAGGGCCACAGCAGAGGUUCGAGUGCGGUGACUUUUUCUCGCAACCCGGAACAUCCUUUUGUUGCUUCUGGAGGUUCGGAUGGCUGCAUAUUAUUAUGGAACAUAGAUCACCCAGAGCUUGGUCCAGUCUGUGAAUCUUUAACUCAAAUUCAAAGAGCAACUCGUCGUAUUGAGGAAGAGGAUGAAUUGGACGAUGAUUUCAUACCUCCUUCAGAGAGUGAUGAGAGAUGGAACAAUGUUGAAGAUGAUACUAGUAACGACAGAAUGGAUAUACAAGGCAACUCUGUUUCAGGCACUGAACCUGCUUCUCCAGAAGAAAACAGUUCUGAUGGAGAGGGAACUGAGCAAUAUUUGCAGAUUCUCAGCCUGGAGUUUAACAAUGCUGGCACACUUCUGGCCGUCGGAGCAACGAAUCAUCGAGCAUAUUUGUACCGUAUCACAUAUAACGGAGUCGAACUACCUCAAGUUCAUCAACUUUCCACUCUCAAAGGUCACAUCGGUGCUAUAUAUCAUGUGCGUUUUUCACACCGAGGUGAACGUUUGGCUACAGGUGGAACAGAUGGCCGUUCAAGAAUUUGGAAAAGAAAGAAUAUUCAAGGCACGCAAUGGUCGUCCCUCAUGUUAAGCAUGCGACAAGAUCAACUUGGUCCUUCUUCAACAGAUUCGACACGCAGUCGUAGAGUUAAUGAACCUCCUCGAGUAACAUCACUUGUUUGGUCACUUGAGGAUAAAUUUGUGGUCACAGCCAGUAGCGACUGCAAGAUCCGUGUCUGGAACUCAAUUUCAGGAGAAUUGAUACACUGCUUAAAUGAACAUCAAGAUCAUAUUUAUGUUUUGGAUACGAAUCCAUGUGAUAAGAGAAUAAUUCUGUCAGCUGAUCAUCAUUCUGAAAUUAUUUUAUGGGAUAUUGAGCAAGGGGUAGUUUUGAAGAAGUUUGAAUUGACGUCACCAGAAAUGUCGUUUCAUUCGUCGUUUGCUUUUCAUCAUCGCAGUUUAGAUGGUUGUUUUUCACCCAAUGGAAUGUUAUUUGCAAUAUCGGAUGAGAGUGGAGCUUUUAUUCUUUUUGGGCAUGGAAAUGGAGAAAAUUUAGCACUUGCACCAGAACAACAAUUUUUCGUUCAUGAUUUGCAGGCUGAGCAAUUUCAUACGUUAGAAGAAAGAGAACGAAGAGCAAAGGUACCAAGUAGAGGUCUCCUUUGCGAUAUGAGAGGUGUGGCAUACCCACUUGGUAUGCAGCCUCUUCAUAUUUUUCGACAGCAUAAUUGUGAUUAUAGUUUUUCGGUGGAACAAGCACAUGCACACUCCGAUUUGAUUGCUCGUGCAGAAGCAUCCAGACAGUUAGAACUUGAAGAACAAGAGCGAAUUGCUCGUGAAGAACGUGCUAGAGCAAGGGCAGCUGCUAUUGCCAGAUUGAGAAGGGAAAUGAACGAUUCAGACUCAGAAGAUGACGAAUGUGAUGAUGCCUCUGGAAAUAUCAGACAACGCUUACGUAAACGUGUAAGUAGAAGGCGUGCUAUGAUAGAAUAUCCAUUUUCGGAAAGUAGUGAGUCUUCUUCGGAUCCGGAAUUGGUCUAUUCGACUAGUGAUUAUUCAACCUCGGAUGAUACCGUGGAGAAUAGCUCUUUAGAUGGAAGUGAAAAUUCAGUUUUCAACGUGAAUAACUCUACUGACUCUCAAGCUUCAGUUUCUGAUGUUUCAUCACCAAAUAUGGAAGACAAUCAUUAUCUUAGGAGUCGUCUGAAGCGUUCACGAAGCCAACCCAAAGCAGCAACAAAGUUACUUCGUCAUAAGAGAAAAAAUGGACGAAAUGAUGUUUCCAAUUCCAAAGGCGUACGAUGGACACAGUCUAAGAUAAGUAUUCGUCGAAAGUUAAACAAGUCAGAGUGGCUUCGUGCGUUAUCCAACGAUUUUACAAUUUAUGAAUACGUACCUCAAGUUGAUGACGAAAUCUACUACUUUCCAAAGGGUCAUCUAGACUUUGUAAGAGCGGAAGGAAUAGGUCAGAAGAAUUAUGUUGAGCUUGUUGAGUAUUUUCAAGAUGAGAAGAAACCGAAGAAGCUUAAAAUAUGCUCGGUCGAAUAUAUUAUUGUACAGAGAAGAAAGCCAUAUACUGCAGCUCGCCUUCAAGUUACGCCCUUGGAAGGACAAAGUUCAGAGAAGGUUUGUUUUGAACUAGAUUACAUGUUUUCGGAACAAGUGCCAGACUUUGUUGUUUUGGCCUCUCGUGUGGAGUCAUCACUUAGUCGCCAUUGGCGAGUAGGUGAACAUUUUCGUACAGUAUAUAUCGGCCGCGAUGGACAAAAGUCAUUUUACUACGGUACUGUAAGGUCCGUAUCGCGGAGUAUGUAUCGGGAACCUUGGAAUAGUAUUUAUGUACAAUGGGAUGCUGACAGAACGGAAGAAAUGCUUAGUCCCUGGGAUUUGAUGGAGCCUAUUGAUGUUUCUUCAGAGACGGAACUAAAUGAACCUUGGGUAUCGAUUUUGAAAACUUGGACAAAAGUGUUUGAGGAAGAUGAACCACUUAUUGAAAUAUGUUCUCCUUUUUUUGUUUCCUUAGAGGAAUUGGUUGUCUUUCCGGGAUAUACCGAUGUAGUUGCAUUGCCUUUGAAUCUGGAAAUUGUUUAUCUUCGGUUGAAAUAUGGAUUUUAUCGUAGUUUGAAUAGUUUUGACAACGAUCUAAAGUUGGUUCGUGAUAAUUGCAUUUUAUAUAAUGAAGAAGGCAGUGCCAUUCAAGGACAAGCGAGACAGAUGUAUGAACGGCUAUUCUCCAUAUUUAUAGCUUCUAUUUGUAAAGGAACAUCAAACAAUGGAUUCCAUGAAACUGUUGGAUCCUCUAGUCAUACUCCAAGUCGAAGAACGAAAGUUAUGAAGAGAAUAGAAAUAAGUUCGGAAGAGGAAUGAUUCCCAUCGGUCCCGUGGUCCAC